ACUUUAUCUAUCUCGAGAAUGUGAAAUGUUCGAUUAUAUCAACAAUGGCAAAUAUAUUUUUUGUUUGUGUGUAUUGUGUAAUCUAAUUUUUGAUAUUGGAACGAGGUGUGUCGCUGUAUCGGUGGGUGUAAGGGUUCCUUUACGUAGCCUGGAUAGUACGGGAUUCCUGGUAUCAAGAAGAUUAUUAAGGCAUCCUAAAGCCCAUUGGCUUCAUAGCUUGCCAAUAUCUACUGAGGAAGAUGUUCGUUGUAGCUAUACAACGCAACUUGAGAGUUGUCUUGAACAACUCAAAAGCGAUUGCCCCGCCAAUGGUAGCAAUUACUACAUCCUUGCAAUAGAGACAAGUUGUGACGAUUGCUGCGCUGCUGUUGUAUCGAGCAACGGUGAUGUUGUAUCUGAAGAACGUGCCAGUAACCCUGAUUCAUUGAUCAAGUUUGGAGGUAUUAAACCAGAUGAAUCAUAUCGAUUCCACUUGGAUAACAUAGAUCGCAUUAUGAAUGAAGUUGUGUCAAAAGCUAAGCUUAAAUUUGAGGACAUUGGGUACAUUGUCGCCACUCGAGGACCUGGAAUGCGUAUAUGCCUCAAUGCGGGUUACGAUGCUGCAGAACGCAUUUCUAAAACGUAUAGUAUCCCAUUGAUUGGGGAGAACCAUUUAGCUGGGCAUUGCCUAUCACCAUUUAUCAAAGGCCACCAAUUACGUAUGACGCAUGAUCGCGGCUCUGUUGCAUCAGAGGAAUUGAAAUAUCCCUACCUAUCACUUUUAUUAUCUGGAGGACACUCCCAGAUAUACGUUGUUGAGAGUCCGUAUCAAUACCACAUGCUUGUUGAUACUAUGGACCAUUACGCCGGCAAUGUAUUAUACAAAUGUGCUAAGGAGCUUGGUUUGCCUAUAGACACCGGUGGUGGACCUUCCAUUGAGGAAGCAGCUCGGAAAAGACAAGGGCGUCCAAUGUUCAGGAUGACUGAGCCUUGCAAGGGCAUGUCGUUUACUAGUUUCUGCUUUUCCGGUAUACAAACGCAGUUGCGCAGUAUGGUAUCCAAGAUACGCCAAGACCUUGGUGAGGACGCUCUUUCUGAGGAUCCUAAACUAGUAAACCAUUUAGCCUAUACAUGUCAAGAGGUCACUUUCAACCAGGUAAUACGCCAGUUGGAUAAAGCUCUUGAUAUCUGCGAGACAUUAUUUGGGAUAUCGCAGAUAGUUGUGGUUGGCGGCGUAUCGUGUAACCAGAGGUUACGCAAAAAGAUUGCUGACCUGCUGCAUCGUCGUUUUAAAGAAACCCAUAAGCGUAAGCGGAAGUUGAUAGAUCGCUUAUAUGGCUACGUCAAAAAGACGGGUCCUAUACGGCACUUUGAGCGGAAGGAUGCCAACGAGAACAUGCUAAUACGGAACUUGGUGGAUAGAAUGCGUGGUGUGGACACAUUGACUGAUUUUCUGAAACUGCUUUGGGGUCAGGAAUUAUACCCCGAUUUAUUACAGCGUCGUGAAGGUAUCCACCUUAGUGUCCAGCAAAAGAAUGCCUUUUACAGUGCAUUGCUGCAGGCGUACCUAUCGCUUCUUAGUGAAUCCCAGACAGUGAAUUUACACGACCGUUUGCAGAACGGCAUCCGUGUAGGCCAAGGUUUGCCUUUACCAACUUCAGCUAUUUUGACUGAAUUAUCGCAAUUUGAGCAAGUUGGUAAAUCCAGGUUAAUAUCACGCCACCUUUGCUCAAGGGGUGACACACCUGCUGAGUGGCAUUUGUUCACAACAUCACCGAUGUAUUGCACUGAUAAUGCAGUAAUGAUAGGAUACAGCUUGUUGGAGAAGCAUCGGCAUGGGAUAAAUGGUCUUAAACACGGAUCAUUUGACGAAAAGGUGACCGACAAGUGGAAUCUCUCAUUCCGUCGCCACUGGGAGUUGCUGGCUGAUAUAGCUCACCUACAUGCAUUAACAGAGGAUUAAGCGUGCUGUUAUAUA